AUGGCUACCAUUCCAAUCACCAUGAAGUCGGCAGUAGACUCUACAGACACUUUCACAGAGCUUCUUUGGCAGGAUGCUUUGCGUCACCUUGAGUCCAUGAAUAACGAGGUCCUCCUCCCCAUCAAUGUGACCGACAUGAUUGGCCAGGACAAUGUCGACAAGAUCAAAACUCGUCUUAGUGCACUCAUUGGCGCUCCUGUUGUUGCUUUUGUUGACAAGUCCAUUGAAGCUCUCCGUGUUAUGCGCACCCCCGCAUUUUCUGGAAGAGCUAUCUCGGUUGCAUCCCACGGUGCAGCUCUCAAUGCGGACAAGGUUGCUGCGACUGAGUCCUUCAAACCUCGUGGAAAACCCGCAGGUCCUAUGAAGGCGCCAAAGGUCCCGCGUCCUCCGAAUGCAUUCAUUCUGUAUCGUCAGCGCCACCACCCUAAGAUCAAGGAAGAAUAUCCUGACUUUUCGAACAACGACAUUUCCAUCAUGCUUGGAAAGCAGUGGAAAGACGAACCCGAAGAGGUCAAGGCCCAAUUCCGAAACCUAGCAGAAGAGCUCAAGAAGAAGCACGCUGAAGACCAUCCAAACUACUAUUAUACCCCCCGCAAGCCUUCUGAGAGAAAGCGUCGUGCUUCAUCCCGUCAGUUCUCCAAGAACACCAAGUCUGCUGCAGUGCUCGAUAUUCCGGCUUCGAUGAAUGUUGCGUCUGAUGUCUCCACUCCUGCCAUGCACCAGGGCAUGCCGGUGGGCGAGAUUGACUUCAAUGCUGCCUUUGAAGGCGUUCCAGAUAUGGAUGUCAUCAUGAGUCCUACCGGCAUACCGGAGGAUCAGCAGUUUCACUUUGAACCAAAUGGCUUCGAUCUCAUUCAUCAGAUGGAGAACGAUUACAAUAAGGCUGCCCUCUACCAGCAACCCAGCCUGGCCGAGGGUCCUGUUGGAGAGAACUAUGAAUUCUCUGACUUCAUCACUGAUUGCUUCUAA